AUGGCUUUUCCCAACGAAAGUCUGCCCCGUGCCUGGCAGGGCAAAAAGAUUGACUUCGUUCUCUUAGCAUACUUCGCACUUUGGUACCUGGGAAACUACUACUACAACAUCACCAACAAGCGCGCGCUGACCGCUGCUGGUGGCGUUCAUGGAUUUCCCAUGACCAUCGCUACUCUGCAGGCGCGGUCGAAAAGACACAUUUUUGGUGAACAAAACAAGUGGAUCGAUGGGAUUCAACUUGACCCACAAACAUUUGAAUGGUUUCAUGGUAUCAACAUAUGGUGGUGGGGUUCGUGA